UGCAGGUGUUAAUGCUGUACUUUACAGGUUGGCAACAUGGUGGUGGUGUUAAAAGUCAUCGUGGUCCUGGUGGUGGGCUUCAUUUCCUGCUUGGCAGAAGAGCAGAAGGAACUGUCCGUCUCUGAGCUCCUAUGGAGAGCCAACAAGGAUGUUGUGCACACGGAGGAUGAGCCCCUUGUAAUAGAUGAUAUCGCCUACAAGAAUGAGAAUGAGAGGAACGCAGAUCAGUGCACCUCGCGCGGCUGCCUGUGGCCCAAAUCUGCAGACGGAAAAGUUUACAUCCCCUACAUGAUCGCCAAUCACUACACUUCCCGGGAGCUCUCCGUCAUUGAGCGAGGCCUGCAGUCCUUCAGUGAUGUUUCUUGCAUCCGUUUCACCAGGCGGAGCAGCGAGAGAGAUUAUCUGAGCAUCCAGUCGCACAACGGCUGUUACUCGUACGUUGGCCGGCUUGGCUACAGCCAGACGUUGUCUCUGGACCAGGCAGGCUGCAUCUACCACAGCACCGUCCAGCACGAGCUGCUUCAUGCCCUCGGCUUCAACCAUGAGCAGUGCCGCUCCGACAGGGACCAGUACAUCAGAAUCCUGUGGGAGAACAUCCAAUCUGGUUUGGCGUACGCCUUUGAUAAGCUUGACACUUUAAACUUAAAUACCCCCUAUGACUACAACUCUGUCAUGCAGUACCACAGGUAUGCGUUCUCUGCAAACAACCAGCCCACUAUGGUUCCCAUUCCCGAUUCAAGCGUUUCUUUUGGAACGGCUACUGAGAUGAGCAUGAAUGACAUCACCAGACUGAACAGACUGUACAACUGUUAGACAUGUUUUAUCUGCUGGUUUCCCCAAGAGAUGAUAACUGCUGGAACCGUCCAUCGUCUUCCAUGUCUCAUCAGUUUGAUUUGUCAAGAUAUUUUCUUAAAGCCUCUAAUAAACUUUAAUAUGCACCAAGUCUGA